UAUCUUCAUUUGAGUUCCCUCCAGAAGCUUGGGACUGGAAAACACUGUGUGUUGUGGAGGAAGGCGUACAGAUACUUCUGUAAUUUUGUUUGAGAGCAAAAGUAAUAGCUUCAGUAAUUGCUGUAAACUUCAUUUGCUCAUGGAAGUAAUGGGAAUGGUCUGCCAGGAAAGUAACACUGUCCUGUGGGAUUUUCAUGGCAUGUUGACACCAGAGAGGAUUUGUUCUUCUCCAUAACUAAAUUGGUUCUGUCUUUUUAUGAGACACUUUAAUUUUUGCAAAUGCAGAAACCUUAUUUCUCUUAACAAGUUUGUGAGCAUGGAUGAGCUAAGCACCCAGUUACUUACUCUUCACCAAGCCAUUGUAAACCACACCCUGUCCUUUAUCAGUCAGCCCCAUUUGCUUAAAAGUAUACAGUGAUAAGCACAGCUCUGGCUGAUGAAUGGACUGUUUCUUCAAAAGAGGAGACUAGAGUCCCAGGUUUCCUACAUGACAGCAGUAGCUGCCUUGACUUCUCCCUAGCAGCAUUCUGAGUAUGUGACCAAACUUGUCCAACAGGCAGGUGUUUUCAUCAGAAACCUGAUGAAGUUAGAUAAAAUAGUUCCCAGAAGCAAUGGAAAUGCAACUUUUUUUGCAAUUAAUUGCUCAGUUACGUGGUUAGUAGAACAGAUGCAUGCUGUGCUGACAUAUGUUGUGCAGCUUCAGCUGUCUGUGUUCAAGACUGUAUUGCAGAAAAGCAACUGUCUUGCAUGAGGUUGUGAGCGUUUGGCUCGUAGAGACAUUCUCUUGGAAAGGAAUCUAGGAAGAAUGAAUUACAGCAAAAAGAAAGAGAUCUUUCUGGCACAAUUGUAUUGAAAGAUGGAGGGAAGUACUUUCUGGACACUCCGAAUGAAGACUGUGGAAACUGGAUGAUGUUUGUCCGGCUAGCCCGGAACCAAGAAGAACAGACCCUUGUGGCUUAUCAGCACUGUGGAGAAGUGUACUUCACAACCGUUAAGCCAAUUGAACCACACACAGAAUUGAAAGUAUGGUAUGCUGCCGAUUAUGCCAAAUUUAUGGAAGCUUCCGCAGUCUUCAUUAAAGAAGAAUCUGAUGUCUGUCCUUUGCCUCCAGUAGAAAAAGAGCCUGUAGACCCUUGGAUAUGCUCCAGCUGUAGAAGCACUUUUGCAACUUUUGCUCUGCUGGAAUCUCACCAGUGCAUCCCUAAAGACCGAGUCCUUACCACCAGGUUCAGACCACCAAAUAAAUUGGGACCCGUAAAAGCAAAAAGCAAACUCAAAGGGAAACUGAGAGGAGCGGCAUUAGGCAAAAGCAUUGCUCAGUGCUUUGGGACCAUUUCCUGUUCCUCUGCUGCAAAGCUUAGCUGUGCCAGCUCAGGAAGCACUUGUGAUGCUCUUGUAAGGUUUAUACCUAAAUGGAGAAACGGCCGGUCUUCACUGUUGAAGGGAAGAGAAGUGAAGCAGCCAGACAGUUACCCUUGCCGACUCUGUGGGAAGAUAUUUGAUUCCAUUGACAAGCUCACAGUCCACACUUAUGCCCACAAAGGGGAGCGCCCCUACAAGUGUUCACAGCACGGAUGCACAAAAGCCUUCAUUUCCAAAUAUAAACUGCUCAGGCACUCAGCCACUCAUUCUCCACAGAAAUCUCACCAGUGUGGCUACUGUGAAAAGACCUUUCAUAGGAAAGACCAUCUAAAGAAUCACCUUCAGACUCAUGACCCUAACAAGAUGGCCUUCAAGUGUGAAGAGUGUGGCAAGAAGUACAACACCAAGCUAGGCUAUAAGAGACACUUGGCUCUUCAUGCAGCCACCAGUGGGGACCUUACCUGUAGGGUAUGUGCCCAGGAGUUUGGCGGUACUGAAGUUUUGUUGGAACACCUCAAAAGCCAUGCAGGGAAACCAACUGGCAAUACCAAGGAAAAGAAACAUAAGUGUGAUCACUGUGAGCGUCACUUCUAUACCCGUAAAGAUGUGCGGCGUCACAUGGUAGUUCACACAGGCUGCAAAGACUUUCUAUGCCAGUUUUGUGCCCAGAGGUUUGGGCGGAAGGACCACUUGACUCGCCAUACUAGGAAGACUCAUCCACAAGAACUGCUGAAGAGCAGGUUGCAGAACGGUGACUCAGUGGGUCUCCUUGACCAGCUUUUUCCAUUCAGACUGAAGGAAGAUGCCAGCAUACUGUCCCCUUUUCCUGAAAGGGUUUCUGUGCAGAAUGGGAUUUUGAAUACUUCAGAAUCAGAGGAAUACAACUGUUCACAUCUUCAUUCCCAGCCAAGCUUACAAACUGCUCCUCCUCUUGAACCUUCUCCUCAUUUGCAAAGGAUGGGCUGUGCAGACAGCCUUCCAGCUGUCCAUCCCACACCAUGCUCAACAGCUGUUCCUGCCAACCUGAACCUUCAUCAGCCUAAUAAAUACGACCCUAGUUCUACCUCAUUUGCAGCAGGAUCCCUCAAAAAUCUACCGAUAAAAGUGGAUGUUAAAGGUUACAAUGUGCAUCUUCUUGAGGACCUGCCAUUACCAGAACCUCAAUCUCUCCACAAAAUCAGUCUGGAAGAAGCUUCCUCAGGGCCUGUAGGGGAUAAUAACAAGUACCCAGUGCACAAGGAGACAGAGGCAGCAGCUGAAACUACAAGCCUGCCUUUCAUGGAUCUCACUCAUGUGAUGAGUUUCUGGCAGCUCCCACCAGGUGACAACCAGAACGCUACUGGGGACAUCACAGCGGCAUUUGGACCAGAGGAACCAUCACACAGGCUGAAUGGCCUCGGCCAACAGCAAGGUCUUCAGCUAGCAACUGGUGGGAUGGCCGUAAACCAGCUGCAUCAUCUUCCUCGCUCCUUUCCAUCCACUACAAAUUCUGUAACAUUGCCUCAUUUUCACCAUGCCUUCAAAUAACUGUCACCGUGGUUUGGGUUUUUUUCCUUCUUUUUUCAAGACUGUGCUUCUUACUUAAAUCUGUUAGGAUGGGGUUGUUUUGGUUUUGUUUUGUUUUUAAGAAAAACUGCCCCAAAUGUUUUCAAAGCACGUUAUGAACAUGGUAGUUAAAUUCAGGAUGUUAAUAAACAAGAAGCUCUAUUUUUCAUACUACUAUUAGGUUUUUAGCAUAUGACCAUAGUAGAACUAACAUAUUUCCCUUGACACCCUCUAUAUUUUUGUUUUUUACCUUUCACACAAACAACUGAAUAAAUAUCUUCAAUGAUAGCAAAGCAUCAUAACAGGCACAAUAAAACUAUGGCUGUUGCAGUAGAAGAUAUAGGGUUAGGGUGAAUGGGAAGAAAGAGGAAAUCACAGAAAAAUAAUAAGCCAUCAAUCACAGCAAAUUUAUACACGUGGCAAAUGUAACAAACGUUUUAUCAACAUCAGAUUUCUGUUAAGCACUUAAUUACUGAACUUUAUGAAUCUUUAAUUUAAAUCAGAAUAAUUCCAAGAGUAAAUCUUACCUCCUUGUUUCACUUUUUUGAAAUGUAGAAGAUCACUAUUGUGAUUACACUUAAGUAGAUUUUGUUUUCUGAAGCGCACUUCAGCUGUGCGCAUCUCCUGCAUUUUUUUCCUAGGGCUGGAAAUAACUACCACUUCUGCAUGACUGUGUAAGAACUGAUCUUCUAUAUGUGCAGUUUUCAGAAUGGGAAGUGAAUUGUCUCAAAGGUUAGAGCAGAACAUUAAUUUUCACUUAGAGCUGGAUCUGGCAAGGUAUGAGACACUGGUGUGUGUGUGUCUCUCUCUCUCUCUAGUAAAGCACUUCAGUAUUUGCUUAAAUUUAAGCAUAUGUGAUCCCAUUAGGUCAACAGCUUGAUUGACAUAACACUCAAUGAAGAAUAAUGCCUCCUACCUAAGGGGCCUUUAUUCACCUUCUGUUGAUAAAAAUGGCCUUUGUUUAGUCUGGGAAAUGAUUAUUAACUGUAGCCAUCUGAAAUGUGGAUUCCUGCACAGAAAGCCAACCCUGCCCAGGGGAGCCUGUGACAGGGGGGUUGUGGUGGUGAGCUGACACCGGGCCCUCUUCAAAACCAGGUUAUUAACCUGCCUCACAAGUGUCACCUGAAAUUAGUGGGUGUGAUAAUGGUCGAGGCCAUUUUAAUCACAGGGGUUUUUGCUCAGUAGCAUUGGGACAGCUGCAGUUGGACUACCACCCUUUGUUUCUUCCAAAGCAGAGCCACAGGGACUUUUGUUUGUUUCCUGGGGUAAAUUGCCCAUGUACGUUUCCAGUUGACGGUGUGCUGGUGUGACAUCUCUUAUCACCUGGUGCAUGAACUAGCAGAAGUUGCAAAAAUCAUAUCUCCCAGUAGAUGACAUUAUUAAAAAAAAAAAUAACAAAACCCCAAACUCUUCACAAUUUACUUUCUUGCCUAACCCAUCGUUAUUAAAAAAAAAAAAAAAGUCGUGGUUUUAGUGGAUGAUGCAGUUACUAAUGGAUUCUGUUGCAGCUAAAACAGACACAGAAUUUCUGAAUCUAAGUUCUCAAACCCCAAGAGCUACUCUUCCAUUAAAUCCAAAGAGUUAAUAGUACCUAAUGAUCAUUACAAAUAUAGCAUUAAGCAAGCAUGCUCUCUUCUCCCCCAUUAAUCACAGGUAUAUAUUUCCAGACAGCUUCAAAUAAAAAAUAUUUUUUAAAUGAUUGCUGUUCUGCUGUUAAUGAAUUACAAUGACAUUGUACAACUACAAUGAUCCGAAUAUUCUUACCAGUUUAUCAGUACUUGGAUUAAGGAAAGGUUGUAUUAUUGCAGUUGAUGUGAGAGUAUGUUCUUCAGAUACACUGUUGAGGGGUAUUUUUUGUUAUGAAAAUUUUUGGCAUAAGGCAAACCAGAAGGAAUUUUAAGAUCAUUCUUGUAAUGACAACAGCAGGAGGAGGAGCAGGUGCUGCACAGUCAUGCCCAGUUAGCAGUUAUUUAAAUUAUGAGUUCCGGAUAGGGAGAAGGUUGCAAACAAUGUUAUAUGCACAUUCUACAGCUAGGCUCGUAUUUUCAUCCAGACUUGGGAAGGUGUGUGUAUACUCACUUACUGCAUUGUUUUCCUUGUUCAUGCAAAUUGUAUUCACUUGGCUUCAUCCAAGCUUAUGUACUUGUAAAAAAAAAAAAAAAAAACAAACAACCCCAAAAACAUCCCAACCCCCUCCCCUGCCCCCCGAAAACCCACAAAUUUUAUAGCACUGCCCGAUCAUAUACUGUUAAUAGACAUCUUGGUUUGUGCUUCUAUAAGAGGUCUAAUUACUGAAAUACUUAUCUUUGAAUUAAGAUGUGCUGUUAAGAAGAAAACGUUAUGCAAACACUGAGCUAGACUGGCACCCACGUUCUUUCAGCUGCUCGACUGUAGCAGGGUGCUGGGGCUCUGAGCUGCCAAGAGAGGUGCUGCUGCCUGACCUCAGCCUCUUCUGAAACGUGGAAAGAUGCGUUGGUGCGAGAUGCUCAUCGUAUGUGACUACAGGUUAAAGACCAACUCUCAUUCAAGUAAAAAGAAAAUAACCACUUUUGAUAUUAAAAUGCUUAAAAAGCACACAGUGUCUAGAAGUAAAACACAGAAGCAAAUUUGUAAUACUGCAGCUUUAACCCUUAAGCCCAUUCAGAUUUCUUUUUCCAGAUUCUUGACAUCAUAAAUGUAGAGGAAGCUGAGGACAGCCCAGCACAAAGGAAGGCAAAUUAUUUCAAAAGGUUAUGUCUGCAGAAAAAUUGUUUUAAAAUUAUCACAAGUCAGGAGAUACCCCUGAGUCAUCUAAUACUUAAAGCAGGGCUGGACUUUCUCAUAGCUUUUGUUAGGGGGACUUCUGUGAGCGUUUUUUGAGAGGUCAUCAGUAGCUGAGGCUUAAAAAUGCUUUGUUUCUGAGCAAACGGAUACUUCGGGCUCCGUAGACCUGCGUGGUGUGGGCCUGGCUAUUGCGUUGCUGAAAGAGCAAUUAGUUUGCUUUUGGUGGGGGUAAGAUCACAGGCAAGGCAGUGCUAAAGGAGAGGUGUAGGGACAGCAGCAAGUCCUCCCCAGCUCUCCCUGGGCUUACCCGUGGUGUCUGGGAGGAUGGGGCUGCAGCGGGCGGGCAGGCGCGACUUCAGGCAGUGACAGUGGAGAAGGUAGCAGGAGCUGCAGGACACCUGUCUGGUGGCACUGCCGUGGGCUCGUGCAGGGCUGCGACGGCACCAGUGCCGGGGGUACAGUGGCGGAAGAAGGCAGCCCAACCAGUGGCUGGUCCUCCUUCCUCCGGCACAGCCAAUUCCUCCUCCUCCUCCACACAGGAGAGGAAGAUGCAAGGGCAGAGAGCUGGCAUAGGAAAGGUAGGAUAGACCAUGGCAUAGCAGCUAAGAGACGGAAUAGAAAAAUCUGACCCUCCAGGAGGUCUUAAGAUAUUUUAGCUCACAUCCUGAUAGAGGUAAAAAUACUCUUGCCUGAACUCUGCUUGAAAAUCUGUAGAAGCGGAGCAAUAUGUGGCGGCUGAAAACAGAAUUGCUAUAAUCAGAUGAUACUGUAAAAUAGUGAAACUUAGUAAGCAUUUGGCCUCAUACAAAAAAAUGUACUCAUUUUAUUAAAAAAAAAAAAAAGGAAGCCAUGUAAACCUGCUGAAAUAAUGUUAAGGAGCUAAAAUUACACUACAUGGAACAAAAGACUACAUCCUAUAUGUAAAGACAAGUUUUUCUAGUGCUCAGUUCCCAUCCCCUAUCGGAAACCAUGUUCAUUUCUUUUUCCUUAAUUUUUAUUUACCAUCUGUUCCUGUUGGGACUCUCCAUUUUCUUAAUGAGUUGCUGUUAAUUCCAGAAGUUUUGACAGCCAGUCUGAAAUGGGAUGGUACAUUCCAUGUAUUGAUGAUUGAUUCAUUUCCUGCUAGCAGAAUUUUUAAGUACUGUUCUUCAAUACACUGUUCCUGCCCCAUAGUUAUAUUUUCUGUAAGAUACUAGAAAAUGAGCUGUGAAAUCAAACACUUUUACACACAGACAGAAAAUAAUGGAGCGGGGGGACAACAACAAGUACAGCAAAACUUGCUCUAACUUUUGAGGAUUCAUUUAUUUGUUAUGAAAGAAAGCAACUGUUAGAAUAUUGCACAGGAUAGUUUGGUAUGGGUUUUUUUCCUCUUGUUCCUGGAUUGAAAAAAAGGCUAAGCAGCGCUGCUUUCGUAUAUUUGGACUAAUUUCAUGCCCUCUGUCUAAGAGUCUAGUUCUAGGAGUUAACACUUGCUUCAGUGGCAUCCUUUCUGUAUUUAUCUAAUCACUAUUAGCUAGAGGCUAAGUAGAGUUUAAUUAAACUCUGUGAAGUCUGGUAUUUAUUAUUGCUGUGUCCAACUACUUUUCAUCUUCAUUUACUUGAUAAACAUGUAAUAGGCAAGAAAAUUCCUCAUGGAUUUUAAUCGAAAGCCUUAUUGGAAAUUGUUGGGCCAAAAAAACCCCCAACAUGUUGCAACAUUGAAAGUUUAUGCAGGGUGAUCCAAGGCUGGUAACAGAUCAGGUGGCCAAAAAAUAAGAAGGGAUAUGCCUCCAUGACAUUUUUGUCUUACCAAUCAAUUUCUAAAAGCAAUUGAAGUUCUUUUAAUGUGAAAGUGAGAUUUGGUUUUAGUUAGUCUGAACUUGAAGUGCUUUGAAGCUGAUGCACAGCAUACAUGGCCAUUUAUCACUUAUUAAUCACUAUCAUUUAUAAUUUAUUGUUUACUGGAAGAUUCGAUUAAAUAUAUACAUGAAAUUUCAAAA